UGCCCGCUGUGUAUGGACGGUCGCACGUGCGUCACCGUCCGUGAUGAUGGCCUGCAGCUCUGAUGUGGUGAAGAAAGUCAUGAGGUUCAAACUUCAGCUCACAGACACAGCAGAGUCUGCCACGGUUGUAAAAAUUUUGCAGAAACUCAAAAAUCUGGAAAUCACAUUAGACAUUCUUGCAGAAACUGGAAUUGGCAAAACGGUUAACUCUUUACGAAGACAUGAACAAGCAGGAGAAUUUGCAAAGUCGCUUGUGAGAGGCUGGAAAAGAUUGAUCCCUAAAGAAUCCACAAGCCAAACAGAGGGUGGAGAGGCGUUGAAGAGUUUGUCUAUCAAAGAAAAACCAGAUGAGGACAAGUGUCCAUAUAAUGGAAGCCUGACAGUGGAGGACUUUAACAAUAAUUACUUAGCACAGCAUGACGAGUGUGUGGAUUCUCCAGACGAGGAUGUCUUUAAAAAGAGUCACAGGAAAGCAAAGAAACAGAAAACACCAAAGGACCAGGAUGGAUGUCAAAAAGAAGUACUGGAAAAGGUUGAAUUCAAAGAGGAUGACAUGGAUGAUUCGGACGUUUCCAGGAAGAAGAAAAUCAACAAAAGUGAUAGAAAAUCAAGAAGUAGUGACAGUUUGUCUGGAAACAGAAGCUCAGAUGACAACCACCACAAAUCAAGGUUUCAUUCAAGGGAAAAAAUCAAAAGAAGCUCUGAAAGUGGAAUAUUUGAGUCAGAAAAAAGGUCAAAUAAGAAACUAAAGACUUCAGAUAAAUCUUCAAAAGAAGGCAGACACUCUUUUUCAUCUGACUCUGACGACAAACACUCAAAAGCUUUACGUCGAGCCAGUGCUAAAGAUUGCAAGUACCCAGAGAUAAUGAGGCAUUCAGAGGUCCAAAACCACAACAGGAAAAGAAAAAGAAAAGGCAAAGAGAAACACAGAACCAAAGUGUCUGACUUAGUGGAGCACAAAAAUGAAAAGCACAAAGAGGAAGAAAGUGAAUCUGAGCAGCCCUCCAUGUCUUUUGAAUCCUACUUAAAUUAUGACGUGAACAUUUGCAAGAGAAAAGAAAAACCUGCAGUGAAGAAAACGGCCCAAAAAUGUAAAACUGCAAUAAAAAAAGAAGAAAUAAAAGUUUCUGAUAUAAAGUCAGCUGAAAUGGAUUCUGCUGUUGCCUUUCCAAAACAGGAGUCUUUCAUGGACCUGAUUAACGUUCCUCUACCUGCUGUUCUCCCUGAAUGUGAAAAACCUUCCUGUAUGGACUAUUAUGAGAAGAAAGUUGAGAAGGAGCCUGAUUUGUGUGACGAGGAGAGUGCAGGUUUCACUGGUCAGCGCUUGAACAAGAAGAUGCAGGUUUACUCUGGAAACAAGACCGUUUUCCUCCCAGCCAUGAUGAGCCUGCACCAGCAGUGUAUCCGCACACUCCAGAAUAAUAUCAACUUGCUUUAUGACACUGGAGGAGUCCCAUUUGACAUUCUGGAGCCGGUGCUGGAGAGGUGUACCCCCGAGCAGCUGCUACGCAUCGAAGAAUGCAACCCAAUCUAUGUUGGAGAGACAGACAACCUGUGGGGUAAACAUUGUCAGAGAGACUUUAAAGACUCCAGACUUCUAGAGUAUGAAUCCUGGAAGGAGAUGUACAUGAGGCUGUCUGAAGAGAGGGAAAUAAAACUCCAAAGACUGACAAAAAGCAUUGUCUCUUCACAAUCAAAGAAACCCAAAGGUCGGCAGGUGAAGAUGGCGUUUAUUCACACCGUUGCAAAGCCACCGAGAGACGUGCGAAUCCAGCAGGAAAUUCAUGGAACUGCAGUUCAGCAGCCUCAGCAGCUCAGGUGUAGUGUAAAAACUCAGGACAGCAGACCAAGGAUGAUCUGUGAUGAACCCAGCAGGACCAGCAGUACCAGUUCAGGGACUGGAAAUACACAAGACCCUCGCAAAAAAUCGAGGGUUGCUCCAAUGAUGGCAAAGUCCUUAAAGGCAUUCAAGAAACAGCUGGGACGCAGAUAAAAGCUCCUCUAUCUCAGUAACCUUCAUGUGUAGAUGUUUGAAAGUGCACUUUAUCAUUCAUUAACUUCAGACAGGAGAGGAGGCCUUUUAUGGCCACCUUCAAUCAUUCUGUGUUGUUCGUCUAAGCAGUUACAGGCUUUUGCCAUGUUUAUUUUCUUUAUAUAUGUGGAUUUUCUUCACUAUUAAAUGGGCGAUGA